GACACAUCAACGCAUCGCAUUGCUUAUUUUGAUAACAUCUUCGCUUAUAGUCAUCAGCGUGCGGGCGCAAUAAAACCCCUUGCUGAUGCUCUCGCUUCGCGCCCCACUGACGCACCGCUCUGGGUUGAGGCGCAUUGCUUGCAAAGCGAGCUCGGCUGCUGCAGAAAUGGCCGGGCCAAUCAAGUAUCCAAAUAUGUACCCGUAUGGCGUGAAGACGCUCACACCGGGGCAGACGGUGGUUGAGGCCUUGGACAUGCUGGGGCCUGAGAGCUCCUUCCGGCUGGAGCCACUGGAGAGCAGCAUGUACAUCACACCCAAGGCCGCCAUGUACAACUUCCGAGGAAAGGAGCGGCGCUGGGACGUGGUUGAGUCGCACGCGUCCGUUGGCGUGGUUCUGUACCACAAGGACCUCGACGCCUGGAUUAUCGUGCGCCAGUUCAGGCCAGCUGUGUAUGCAACCCUGAUGCGGGAGGCGGAGGCCGCUGGCAAGCCCAAGCCACCAUACAGCGAGGCGUUUACUUAUGAGCUGUGCGCGGGCCUGAUCGAUAAAGACAAGUCCAACCCAGAGAUCUGCAAGGAGGAGAUUAUGGAGGAGUGCGGGUUUGAUGUUCCCCUGGAGGGCAUUCACGAGAUUGGAGUUGGCAUUGCGUCUGCGGGCACCCAGGGCUGUCCACACAUCAUGUACUACGCGGAGGUGGACUCGUCUAUGGCGGUGGCAGGUGCAGGCGGCGGGCUGUUGGGGCACGGCGAGUGCAUUGAGGUGCUGGCCCUGCCCUUCGAGAGCUGCCAGCAGUUUGUGCUGGAUGGCAAGCUGCCCAAGAGCCCAGGCCUUAUGUUUGGCAUCACGUGGGCCUACUUCAACAAGCUCAACGGCAGCCUGGGUGCACCACGUGUGGCAACUACCAGUGGCACCGGGCUCCAGAAUGGCGAGCUGGUGCUGCAGUCUGUACUUCCGGCGUGAGGGCCCCAUGGCUGUGUCGACAUACUUGGGUAUCCUGUAGGUCUGAAUACUAUGGGGAGCUGGCAUGGAAGGAUUUCGUGUUGCCUGGUGGGCAGCUCGCCAAGCAGCUUGUCAAGCGGGUCCUGUGUUUGUUUGAGAUAGAGAGACAUGAUGCACUGGUGUCGAAUGGGUGGCUUUCAGUGUAGAGGGUGCGCAUCCUUAACCCCCAUCAAAACUUGACAGUCAGGUGACUUGCGUACACACAAGUCCUGUGACUAGGACCCUGGCAAUGGGCUUGGGGCAUGAGCAAUGUCAUGUUCAUUUGUAAAACCUCUAACAAAUGCAGCUAAAGGCUUGUGCAAAGAAGGGCUCCUGAAUCCGGGCCUACACUCGAAUUUUGAUGGCUUUUGGGAUGCCUGCAGUGGUACUGGAAGGCAGAUUUCUGCUUUUGAGGUUUACCCGCAUUCACAUAUGCAUUACAGUAUGCUGUCUGAAUGCGAAGUUCAAGGUUUCAAACCUUCACAUCAUAACACUUCAAAGUCGGUAGUUCAGGGUUUCACAGCUUCAUUGUGACAUGCUAGUAAUCGUGAUGUGCCCGUGCACUUUGCAGGCAUCAGCAAACAUAGCACGAUACCAAGUGUCUAAACCCACAGGGUGAAGGCGGCCCAAUCAAUGGACAGUGGCCACUCCGUGCGGGUGGGGCGCGGCACCUGGACGAAGGGGGGGCGAGGACCCCGUUAACCCAGAGUUCAGAACAAGUGUUCCCUGGUCACGGGAAAAGGGGCUGAGCCCCUCCACAGUCUGAGGCCGAACAGGGCUCCUAUCUUAAUGUCUCCAGACAUUAAUUG